CGGCACUUGUUCAGCGCGGUCAUUUUCUGAGUUAAGUCGCUUAAGUCGCGCGUGGAUUUCAUCGGUGCACCAGCAGACGCGCCAUCUGGUCGUCAGAGCAGUCCUCCGGUUUGUGAUUGUUGUGCGAGCGAGCAAGCGAAUCGAGUGAUCGGUGAGUGACGUGACGAGACGACCGAUCAGUUGGAGUUUGACCGCCGUGGAAUCAAGUCGCUACCGGUGGCGUUGUCGUCGUGAUAGUCAUUGUUGCUCGGUUGAAGUGAUCUCGUUCCAGAGGAGUUCAUGUUUUAUGUGAGCCAGAUUAGCAAAGGCAAGGAUUAGCUCAUCAAGCUGUGCGGUGCUGAAAGCCCUGAGGAAGACAAGUGGCGAUCGACUUUCGAAAGGUCGCUGGAAGGGAGGAAGAGAAAAAAAGGAUUAAGUUACAAAAUUGGGAUCGAGUUUUUAUGGGUUGUGGUUCGCCAGAGUUUAGUGAUCGGUUCCAGAUCGGAAGCAUGGAGUGUUUCGACGGGCAGUUCUCCAGUGUGGAUCCCGCCGUGUGAUUAUUGAAGCGGUGAGAAAAGAUUUUGUGGUCACUGACAAGGUUCGGAAGGUGAUAGCCUCCGACUGGCGAAGGCCAGAGAAGAAAAGCAAGAAGGAAACCGUAGCGAUAAUUUGAAUAAGGUGCAAUGUGCGAAUCGGAACAGGUGGCCGUCUGAGAGAAUUGUCAUUGAUUAGGUUCGCGGUUCGAGAUGCAACGGAUUUUAGCCGCUCCCAAGUUGGGUUUGUGGAUUCCGAUAGUUCUAGUGAUAGUCGCCGGGUCCUGUCCGGGGCUCGUGGCGCAGGGUUUGACGGCUGUUGAGCUGGAGGAUGAUUUCCUGGUCGCGACCAGGGAGCUGGAGCAGCAGUGUGUUCACCGAUGUCCGGACCAGAACCGAACCGGCUUCAACGAGCACAUCGACGUCAGCUGCGGCAGUGAUUGUUAUAUUACGCAGUGUGCCGUCGGUUGCAGCUUGUGGGAGCAAGCACUCGAAUCGUCCUGCCAAAAUGUUUGCAACAAAACCGACCAGGAACUGUUGGAACCGAAGGAGCUGUACUGCAUGAUGGGUUGUAACGAUGCUCUCAAUCGGUACUUCAAGUGGUUGAAGAUUGAAAUUGGAACACCUCCGGCACCGGCGCUGGUCGCCGACAGUUUAACAGCUACGUCGCUGUCGCUGGAGUGGGAAGUGCCCGAGCGAUUGGUGCAGCUGUCCCGACACAAAAGCCACGGCCCGCGGAGUUAUUUGGUUCAGUGGCGCUACGAGGAGGUUGCGGGCGAUUGGAAGUUCUGCCGCAACCAAAGCAUGGGUGAUAACUCGACAAUACGGGUGGACAACCUUCAGCCGUACACCAAGUACAGGUUCCGUGUUGCCCUGCUUCUUUCGCCACGGCAUGACGAGGUGCUCAUCUCGGAGCAGAGCGUUAUCAUCCUGACCCUCGCGCAGGGUCCACCGAUGUCCGAACCGAAAAUUGUACGCGCUGUUGCGGUAGAUCAUUCACGAAUAUCCAUCUCAUGGGAACCCGGACCGUUCCCGAACGGUCCCGUCUUGUCAUACGUGCUACAGAUCAAAGACCUCGAUCCCAUAGGCUACAGUGCUCUCAAGGACAUCCCGGAGUCCAACUCCUCCCGGUACUACAUCUUCGAGAAGUUGUACCCCGAACGGAACUACUCCGUCUCGGUGACCAUGCGCAACCCGGAAGGUGAAGGCCCUCCCUCCGUCAGUUAUGUGCAGACGCCCUCCCAGCCGCUAGACCUGGAAGAGGACAUCCAACCGACCCUGAUUCUCGGUGCGGAGCGCUCGGUCCUCUCCCAAGGCUCUGACCUGCUCUCGGAUCCCCUAACCGAACUGUACCGCAGUCAGAGCCAAAAAAUCCGCGGCACCGCAAUCCACAUUCGCCGCAAUCUGAUCUUCGUCUCGGACGACAUCGGCUACGUGUUCAAGUCCCCCUUCCGGCAGGGCUCCGAAAAGGGUCGCAUAGCGAUCCUCUCGCCGGACGCUGACCAUAACUUCCGACCAACGUUGCUUUCAGUAGAUUGGCUCAACGAUCAUCUGUACAUCCUGGGGCAGACAAAGAUCACUGGACUGUGGCAGAUUUCACGCUGCGAUUUCAGCGGCGAACGGUUGACCGUGGCCAUUGCGGGUCUGCAACGGCAACCGGAGCAUUUCGAGGUGGACCCCUUCAAUGGGUACCUGUUCUGGGUGAUUGGAAGCCGCUCCGCGGACGCGGGUCUCUUCCGGCUAGACCUGGGCGACAUCUCCAACGGAGUCAAGCACGAGAUUAAACCCCUGCAGCUUAACAAUCGCCACAAUCUGGGCGCCUUCUCGAUCGACCACACCAGCUUUCGGGUGCUUGUGCCGGAUCAGGACGCCAACACGGUGCUGGCCAUCUCGUUGGACGGCAAAACCACCGAGAACAUUCGCAACAACACACAGCGACCCCGCUUCGAGAAGGUCAAAUCGUUGGCCCUGGCGAAUGGGUUGUUCUACUGGACCAAUGGGAAGGAAGUGUUCGCCGAGGAUUACCACAAGAAGCAGAACAGUUACUACCACAAUGCGUUCCCCAUCGCGCUGAACAACAGCUACUUCAGCAUCUGCGUGAAUCUCUCGUCGGCGCAGCCGAUUCCGAUACCGGUGAACCCGCCGCGAAACGUUCAGGCACUUCUGACCAGCACCAAGAUAAAAAUCUUCUGGAGCGUACCGCAUCUGCUGGGUAUCAAGGGCAAGGGUGCGUGGCAGGAGUGGAUGUACAAGCUGGAGCUGGUGGAGGGGAAGAGUGGGAGAACAUUGGAGUUCCCCCAGAUCGAUGGGACCACGUUCAGUUCGGUGGAUGGGGAGCUGUUGCGACCGGGGCAGGAGUAUGUGAUCAAGGCAGCCGCCUAUACGGACGCAGGUCGGGGUCCGUGGAGUACGGAGUUCCAUGCGCGCACGCUGAAGGACGCCCACGAGCGACAUCUGGUGUGGUCCAGCAGUGAGGGGGUAAUGCGGAGCGAUGUAAUCGGGGAUAGCGUUGAAACGCUGAUCGGAAAGGCGGAACUGGAGGAGGGCGUGGUGACGGAUCUUGCCUGGUUCGAGAGUAUCCUGUACGUGGUGAGCAAUUCGACGCUGAUGUUCUACAAUCAGAGUGAGGGGCAGAUCAGUAAGUUGCGGGAGUUGGAGUCGGUGGAAUGUGUGACGAUUGAUUGGAUCGGGCGGAGGUUGUACUUCUACAAUCCAUCGCAGCAGAUGAUCAUGCGGAGUAGUCUGCACGGGGAGCAGCACGAGCCCAUACACAACGUGAAGAACGUGAGGGAGAUCAAGUUCGAUGCUUUGCGUGGGUAUAUCUACUACACGUCGGAGUUUGCGAUGGAAGCGUUUCGGUUGAAUGGGAAGGACAAACACAGCUACUAUCUGGAGAACGAUCGCUUCACUGGGAAGGGCGUGAUUGGGCUAACGCUGGAUAUGAGUAGCGGGCGGGUUUAUUGGAUUGUUCGAAGUAUCAGUUAUUCGGAGUUGUUCAGUGCGCACAUGGCUGGGACGGGGUCGGGAAUAGACUCUUCGCUGAUGACAGUGCUUUCGGAGCAGUCCCCACGAGGUCCGCUCACCCAUUUUAGCGACCGUCUCCUUUGGCUGCAGCACGAUGAGGUGGUAGUCGGAGACCUGCAAGGCGGAAACUUGGCACACAUCAAAAACCCUAAACUCAACGGAACUCGCGCCUUCACCAUUAUAGACCCGGCCCAUCACAUCUACCCGGAUGAUAAUCGCAACGUGAACGUGUUGCCAACGCAGGUGAACGACUCCUCGAUCCGCAUCCAGGGUACUUGGAAGAAAUUCAGCAUAGUUUGGGAUCCAGUCACGAACGUCAACUUCGGUAAGGUUUACUACAAGCUCACAAUCCGGGUGAAGGGCAAAAAAGACGACAUCUAUGAGCUAUCGAAGCCCUCCCACUGGUACAACUCAUCCGGCGCCAAUCUCCUGCCGCCCCACACCGAGAUCAACGUCACCGUUAGCGCGUUCACGUACUGGCGAUCGUCCGCCUUCUCCACGGCUCGACUCUUCAGCCCAUCCGGUAAACCCUCGCAGCCAACGAGACCACGAGUGUUCGUGCAACACUUCAAAGACCCCAUCCUAGACACGCACGCCGUCGAAGCUACCUUCCGGUGGUCUCCACCGAAGACUCCCAAUGGUCCAAUCAUUGGCUACCGGGUGCACUGCUGGUACGAGGAGGACGGCAUCACAACUCACGUGCUGCAGGGUGAACUGACCAACGAAACGGAGCGAGUGGUGCCCCAUCUCGUCCACAAUGUGAGCUACUCGUUCCGGGUGCAGGCCCAGACGAAGGCUCGCGAGGGAGACUUGACGGCGGUGCAGUCCAUCAACACCGCGGAAGAUCAUCCCAUUCCGCAGGCUCUGGUGGCGACCGGGGAGCACAUCGUACGGGUAGAUUUCGACCUGGGUGAGACGUACCAGGUGGUGGGUACAUCGACCCCGGUGAGUUUCAUGGUGCGGUUGGCCCGGGAGCGGAAGCUCUUUUGGGUGGACGAGAACAACGAACUGUUUCAGUACGACGGCACGGUGAAGUCGAAGCUGCACACCAUCAGUGGCGGCCCGGUGCUGGCGCUCGGCCUGGAUUGGAUCCAGCGGAUACUGUAUUGGUCCCAGCAGGAGCUGGUGGGGAGUGCGAUCUAUGCGUUUGACCUGAAUCGGCUCGCGUCCUUGGAGGGACUGCAUCUGGAGCGAAUUGUUUACAGCGGGGGUGAAAUGAGUAAUCUGGUGGUGUCCCCGUUCGAUCGACGACUCUUCUGGACGGAGAAGGUGCCGGACGAUGUGAUCUAUGUGCAUUCGCUCGAGGACAACCGGACGGAAGAGUUUUUCGACGACAGCUUCGAGGAGUGUCCCAACCGGACGGCGGGCAUUACGGUGCAUCCGAUGCUGACGCUGCAGACGGGAGUUAGCGAGGAGGCGAGGCUGUUCUGGGCGGAGACCGGACUUCGGAGCGUCGGGUUGAGCAGCAGGACGUGUAUAAACUUUGGGUUUGAGUACUACCCGAAGAUGAAGAGCAUAACGAAGGACAGCGAUCAUUUCUAUUGGUUGGAAGACGAUGAAGCUAUCGUCCGGAUGGAUGAUGGCGGGGCGGUCAAGUCCAAAACGAUUCCGGGAGCACGAACACUGGUGCCGUUGCAGCUGCAGUACUAUCCGGAGAGGCGUUGUCUGAUACCUCUACAGGAGGAUCAAGACUAUCAAGCGAGGUUGCUGCAGCGGACGGAAGACUCGCUUACGCUGUUGAUGCCGAGGGCGGAGGUGUAUCCGAACUGUUCGGCGGAGCCGAGUGGUAUCCAAUAUCUUAUUUAUUACGCGCAGCUCGAAGAGAUGCAAGCGAAUGGGACGGUGGAUUGUGACCUAGUGGUUUGCAGCAAAGUUAGCUCUUACGAUCGGAGCAAAACGAUUCGAGGACUGCGACCGUUUACCAAGUACCGCGUACAAGUGGCGUUGGUUAACUACUAUCAGGAACAGAUUGGGAUGCUGUCGGAGCAGGAUGCUCCGAAGUUAGGGACGGUGGUGGUAUUUUCGACCGCUGCCGGAGCUCCGUCGAAGCCCGAGAAUAUCAGCGCAUUGACAAUCAGUCCUACCGAGGCUGUAGUGCACUGGAGUCCUCCACUGGUGAAGAACAGCGACCGCGUGUGGUACGAAAUUCAUUGGCAGACGGAGAAUGUUUACGAUGGGUCGAAAAACAGACAGCAACAGCUUGUGAUCGAUUUAAACGAAGAUCUCGAUAGCCUAUCGAUGAAUCUCACAAAACUACAGCCCAGUCUGGCAUACACGAUCUGGAUUAGGGCGUACUCCACCGAAAGUACCUUCAGCGAGAGCGACCAAGUCAACAUUGUAACCUUCCCGGAGCCAGAGGACAUCCGUUUGGUGUUUAAUUCUUCCACCGAGCUGGGCGUUCACUGGAGACCUCACGUGAACAUCUCAAAAUACAAACUUCAAUACGCUGCCGUAGGCAGUAAGACAUGGGAGACUGUGUUCGACACCGGCCUCGACGCUACCAGUCCCGAGCGGGACAUCUUUAAGGCGAUAGCCUUACAGCCCAAGACUCAGUAUCGCUUCAUCGUGUUGCUGUUCUAUCCGAACCGCAACGACCCGUACGUGUGGCCUCCGGAUGCACGAUUCGUGUACGAAACCGAUGCGGAUCGACCAAGUGCUCCAGGUCGACCGGUUGUGACCCAGAUUCGGCAGGACGUCUACAAGGUAUCCUGGGAACCGUCGAAAGACAAUGGCGCCACAAUCCUGGAGUACGCCCUGGAGGCUCUGGUGCGUUCCCCCCGAAAUACCAACCGCGUCGAGCGCGCGGCCAUCCCACUGAGCAGCAGCGAGGAAGCAGACGAUGACAGUUUUGAAGACAUGAACAACACCAUUCCCACCCGGGUCGAUGUUUCCUCCACCAACAGCCAGGAGUACAUCACGUUCGACGAACGCUGGGACCUGGUGUACAACGGAACGGACGUUUACUGGAUCAUCCCGGAGAAGCAGUCCAUCCACAAGCACACCUUCCGGGUUCGGGCCCGCAACGGCUGUGGCUGGGGUCCGUUCAGCGGCGAGAGUAAACCCAUCAGUCAACCCCUGCUCUCCAGUCAGACGGAGAACUACCUCAUCAUCCUGGUUGUCUCCGUUUCGGCCAUAUUUCUGCUCUUCCUGGUGCUCAUAUUCGUCUGUGCUUGUCGUCGCGCAGAGAUAGAAAAGAAAAUUUUUAUUGAUGCAACCACUACUCGCAUUCCAGAUGUGGAGCUAGCGAACUUGCGCGAGCUGCCACGGCGCGGCAAUUUCAUUCAUAGCAAUAACAUCCUGUACAGCUCCGGCCCGCUGACGGACUCGGAGAUCGCGCUGCUGCCGCAGAUUCGCCGCGAGCAGAUUUCGAUGACCAGCUCGCCUUUCCUGGGCAGUGGAGCGUUCGGGGAAGUGUACGAAGGAAUUGUCAAGGGCGUUGGCGGGGAAGUGGAAACCAGAGUCGCCAUCAAGACCCUGCGGAAGGGGGCUACUGAGCAGGAGAAGGCCGAAUUCCUCCAGGAAGCUCAUCUGAUGAGCAACUUCAAACACAAACACAUUCUGAAGCUGAUCGGGGUUUGUUUGGACCAUGACUCGCUGUACAUCAUCAUGGAGCUGAUGCAGGGUGGUGACCUGCUGAGUUAUCUGCGCUCGAACAGACCGACCCCGGGAACCCCUUCGUCGUUAACCCUGCUGGAUCUGAUCACGAUGUGUGUGGAUGUAGCCACCGGCUGUCGCUACCUGGAGGAGAUGCACUUCGUUCACCGGGAUCUGGCGUGUCGCAACUGUUUGGUUUCAUCCACCGAUCCGAGGGAGCGUGUGGUGAAAAUUGGUGAUUUUGGACUGGCGAGAGACAUCUACAAGAACGAUUACUACCGCAAGGAGGGCGAGGGACUGCUCCCGGUCCGCUGGAUGUCUCCGGAGAGUCUGGUGGAUGGAGUUUUCACCUCACAGUCCGAUAUCUGGGCGUUCGGAGUUCUGCUGUGGGAGAUUAUGACCCUCGGGCAGCAGCCGUAUCCAGCGAGAAACAACGUGGAGGUUUUGCACUACGUGCGGGACGGGGGUCGACUCGGUCGACCACAGGAUUGCCCCGAGGAACUGUACCAAUUGAUGCUGAAAUGCUGGAGCUACUCUCCGGAAGACAGACCUACCUUCCGGUACCUGCUGGAGGUGCUCAAAUCGCUGAAGGAGCGAACAAGCGACUCCAUACAGAUCACCUCUCAGUUUCCGUGUAAGGUACAGAACGGUGCGAUAUUUAACCGAUCCUAUCUGCUUUCCGACAUCAAUCACAAUCCGUUCAUAGCAGAUAUCAAGUUCGGUAGCGGAAGUGGCACCGGCACCGGCAGCGGCGGUGCCUUCAUCAUCACUCCGCCGACCUCCUCCAGCAGUAGCGGAGCCACGCUGAUAACCACGACGAUCCCUAAGUACCUGGAGCUGGUGUACGACGACAGCAACAGCAACACGAGCAGGUAUUCGACCGGUGAGGACGUCCCGCUGACGGCCGGUUUGCCGGCGGCGGCGAACCAGGUGAUGCCCACCGACAACGGGUACGAGAUCCCCAUCAACGACAUCUUGCUUCGGCAGCAGCACCCCGGCGCCAGCUGCAACAACAAGGGUCGUACCUUCUCCAGUUCCUCGACGGUGAGCAACGUUAGCACUCUGCCGGUUGUGGUUGUGGCCGAAGCCGUAGCCACCGGUAGCGGGCUGCUACGGGUAGACGACUGCUCCAGCCUUGAGGCGUUGCUCCCCAUCAACUCGAUCCUCACCGUCAAACUGCCGGAAGAGGAAGAGGAGGACCAGGGUGCUGAGGGUGACGAGCAGCCGGGGGAUACCGACUACAGCAAUACGCAGAUGCGAAGUUCCUCGCAGCAGUUCGACACGAACGAAGAUAGUAUUACCGGGCAUGAUGUGAGAGGUUAGGUUAGCUCAAAGUCGACAAAGACAGAGACGCACAUUCCAAAGAAGCAACCAAACGAUCAAGGCUAGCAACAAUGCAGAGGUAGGGCUCUCUAGAUAGAAGAACUAUAUUUUAAUGUAGAUAGCUUAAGAAAUUUUACUUUUUGUAUAGAGUUAACAAAGCAAACCAAAACAGAUCAAUAUUAGGGUGAAACUCGCAAGUUCCAAAUAUCAGUGUUCUCGUCGCCAAAAGGAUGCCUCCGGUCCUCCGCUCACUUCAGAGUUUCUCGGAGGAUGGAAGUGCUCCUAGCAUCGCUUUUCGCUGUAGAUUGUAAAUAUUAAUGCCUUACACUAUAAAUAUUUUAUUGUUUCACCAUGACGCUGCUGCAUCCAAACAGGACCGGAAAACGAAGUCUGUGCGUGUGUGUGUGUGUGUGUGUGUGCGUGUGCGUGUAAAUAGUUCCAAACCAGCGAGCCAGUGUUUUAGAGUCCGGGUAUAAGUGACAAUAACAAUAACGUGUGACAAACGACAAAGAGUCACCCUUAUAUUAAAGGUGAUUUCCGAAACCGAAAACCGCGAAAGGAUUCGGAGUAUCGAUAAAUUGAAACAAACAAACAAAACAGCACUGAUGAGCGCACAAAUCGGAUCGGAUCCGGACCGUGUAUAGUUAGCUACUUUCUGUCUGCAAUAAAUUAUUAAUUUCCCCUCCUAUUACCUACCACCCCCCCCCCCCUCCUCAUUGAAUGUGUUGAUAGUGUAACCAUUAAAGGCAGCUAGUUAUUACCAGUUACGAAAUAUGUUAAUGAAAAUAUUUGACGAGGGCUGGUUGAAUAAAAAUGGAUUUCA